UUUGUAUCGAAUUUUUAACACUAAAAAAAAUGUCGAGAGUAAUCGGUGGAUUCGAUGGCACCAACUCGUUGCGAGUGUUUUUGUUUUGUUUUCUUUGGUUGGAUUCUGGUUCGUUAAUCGUAGUCCUUCCAUUACUUCAUUGUUUGCGUAAAUUGAUUCUCCUCCAUCCCUUUCUCUCCAACGGUCUUAACCACUCUCUCUCUCUCUCUCUCUUAGAGGAGUUCUACUCUCAUUUGCUUUCUCCUAUUUAUUUGUUUAUAUAUAUAUAUAUAUAUAUUGACGUAGAAGAAGAAGAAGCAGAUUCUAGAGAGAGAAAGCCGAACCCUAGGAUUUUGUACGCCCAGCAAUGGACGCUGCGAAAGCAAAUGGCCCCAAAAAAGAACAAAACCAGCGUCCUGUUAUCCCAGGACCGACCAAUCCAAUGGUGACACCUCUCCUCUCCGAUUUCUAUCAGUUCACCAUGGCCUAUUCCUACUGGAAAGCUGCCAAGCAUAACGAACGAGCCGUGUUCGAUUUAUAUUUUCGGAAGAAUCCCUUCGGCGGUGAAUAUACAAUUUUUGCUGGUCUCGAAGAGUGCAUAAGGUUCAUUGCUAAUUUUAAAUUUACAGCUGAGGAGAUCGCUUUUAUCCGGGCAUCAUUGCCUAAAACAUGUGAGGAUGGUUUCUAUGAUUAUCUUAGAGGAAUUGACUGUUCUGAUGUUGAAGUACACGCUGUUCCCGAGGGUUCUGUUGCUUUCCCAAAGGUACCUCUCCUGAUAGUUGAAGGGCCAAUUGCUGUAGUUCAAUUGCUGGAAACUCCAAUUUUGAAUCUUAUAAAUUAUGCAUCACUAGUAUCUACAAAUGCAGCAAGGCAUCGUUUUGUUGCUGGAAAAUCAAAACUUCUUCUUGAGUUUGGGCUUCGUCGUGCACAGGGCCCCGAUGGUGGAAUAGGGGCUUCAAAGUACAGCUAUAUUGGAGGAUUUGAUGCAACAAGCAAUGUUGAAGCUGGGAGGUUAUUUGGAAUACCGCUCCGAGGAACGCAUUCCCAUGCCUUUGUUAGCUCAUUUAUGAGCCCUGAUGAGAUUGUGGAGAAAUCACUUAAAAGCCAUGAUGGUUCAAGUACUUGUGAGGAUUUCGUUAGUCUAGCACAGACAUGGCUAAGCAAAAUAAAGACUCAAAUCGCAGGAAUCGGCUUCUCUGCAAAAAGUGGGCGCAAGGCUGCCUACCUACUGCCUUUCUCAGACCCUGCUGUAAGGAGCCUUGUGCACUGGCGAUCACAUUCAUUACAUGGCAUUUUUGGUGAGACGAAUCAGAGCGAGUUAGCAGCCUUCACCUCAUAUGCCCUAGCAUUCCCCAACAGUUUUCUAGCUCUUGUAGACACAUAUGAUGUUAUGAGAAGUGGGAUUCCUAAUUUCUGUGCGGUUGCUCUGGCACUCAAUGAUUUAGGGUACAAAGCAGUGGGCAUUAGGUUAGACUCUGGUGACCUUGCGUAUUUGUCUUGUGAAGCCCGCAAGUUCUUUCGCACUAUUGAGAAGGAACUCAGAGUGCCAGAUUUUGGAAAGAUGAGUAUUACUGCUAGUAAUGACCUCAAUGAGGAAACUUUAGAUGCUUUAAACAAACAGGGGCAUGAAGUUGAUGCAUUCGGAAUUGGAACUUAUCUUGUUACAUGUUAUGCUCAAGCUGCUUUAGGUUGUGUUUUCAAGCUUGUCGAAAUAAAUAAUCAGCCUCGUAUCAAACUUUCUGAAGAUGUUUCAAAGGUCUCUAUUCCUUGUAGAAAACGGUGUUUCCGAUUGUACGGGAAAGAAGGCUACCCACUUGUAGAUAUAAUGACGGGGGAAAAUGAACCACCUCCGAAGGUAUCAGAACGAAUUUUGUGUCGUCACCCAUUUAGUGAAUCAAAGCGAGCAUAUGUGGUGCCGCAACGUGUUGAGGAGCUUCUAAAGUGUUUCUGGCCUGGCAGUACAGACAAAGCAAGAGAAGAACUUCCACCGCUCAAGGACAUCAGGGAUCGUUGUAUUAAACAACUGGAACUAAUGCGGUCUGACCACAUGAGGAGAUUGAAUCCGACUCCUUACAAGGUCAGUGUAAGUGCAAAGUUGUACGACUUCAUCCACUUCCUAUGGCUCAACGAGGCGCCUGUUGGCGAGUUGCAGUGAGGAUGUACAGACAAGGGUAACGACAGAUUUUGCAUGCAUAAUGGGAGGGCAUUAGUGAUUGAAGUGCUGUUGGAGGAGCUUCUUCAAUCAGUCAGUAUUUUAUACGCGUUUAGGGGUUGUUUGAGAUGUCCUAAAUAAGUGCACUUUUUGUCUUUUUGAACUAAAAAAUUGAGGUUGAAAAUAUGGAUAUUUGGGUUAACUUUUUGACUUUUUAUGAAAAAAUAUGUAAUAAAAAAUUAUAAAAAUUGAUUUGUAGGGAAAAAUUCAAAUUGGGAGUUGUGUAACCGUAAUUGUUAACUUUUGGUGAA